GUGAGUUCUUUUAAGAAGAUGGCGGCUUCCCUGAUGUUACGAAAAAAAAAGUUGAACUUAGUUUUUAGUGUUAUCUUGCAGUAGGUACUGUGUAAUGAAGUUGGUCGAUGGUUUCAACAAGCGACACAGACUCUAUGCUAAAAAAGAGGAGGAUUAGGAGCACUUAAUUAAAAGGUUGUGAUUGAUUGAACCAGGAAGCAUGGAGGUAACUCCUUAUGAGGAGCCAUCAGUAAGGGUGAGAUCACUUGCGAGUCUUGGCUCAGCUGUUGAAGUUGAUCCAAAUGUACCCGUCAUGAGAUACUUCAGAUCUGGGAAGGAAAUCAUGAGAAUGGCAGACGUUUACUACGAUGAACGUAAUUAUGAGAACGCUUUCAUCUUAUACUCCAAAUAUAUAACAAUCUUUGUCGAGAAGUUACCGAAGCAUCCGCAAUACAAACAAGCCACACCCGAAGAUCUCAAAGAUACUAAGAAGAAAGUGAAACAAGCUUUCCCAAAAGCAGAAGACACAAAGACGAAGCUGAAGCAGAUAUUUGAGAAAGAUUUUAAGCUAUGGCAAGAAAAAGAAAAACAAAGACUGGCCAAGGAGGAAUGCAUCCGCCAGAAGCAAGAAAGAAUGAACGAAGAGCAACGCAGGAAACAUGAAGAGGACGAGGUAGAAAGGAGGCAGCUCCAGGAGGCCAAGGAACUGUCCCUCAUGGAGGAGCAGCAGAGAAUAGUCGAAGAGCAACGCCAAGCGUUCCUUGAGGAGCAGCGACGAGCGCAGCAGCGUGAGGAAGCAGAGCAGAUGGCGUUAGAGACUUCUACGGCGGCAGCAGCAGCAGCAGCAGCAGUAGCGGCGGGAGCUGAAGAUGCUGGGUUGCCUCCCCCUCCAUCUUAUGAUGCUGUGAAGGCUGGUGGAUAUUCCGUCUAUAAACCUGCGGAAGUCGACACAACAAUACCAAAAUCUUCUCUCAGGCCAAGUCCACCCACGAUCGAUCGAAGCCUAAAAGUUGACCGCUCAACAAAACCGAUGAACCUUAUGAGUACCGUCACGGCAAGCGGGUCCAAUAGAUAUGGGCUACGGGAUCUGUUCAUACCCAGAGAUACGGUGGAAAAGUUCUUGGUGAUCGCAAGGGAAAACACCACCCUGAACCUGGAAACAUGUGGCAUCUUGGCUGGGAAAUUGGCUCAGGAUGCUUUCACCAUUACACACAUCGUUGUACCUAAGCAGACGUCAACGUCUGAUUCCUGCACAGCUCUAAAUGAAGGGGAAAUAUUUGAUGUAAUGGAUAGUCGAGAUCUCCUAACCCUGGGUUGGAUACAUACUCAUCCCACGCAGACGGCGUUCAUGUCAAGCAUUGAUCUUCACACUCAUUGUCCGUAUCAAAUCAUGAUGGCUGAAGCUAUAGCCAUAGUCUGUGCGCCGACACACAACCAAACUGGGUAUUUCUCCCUGACCCAAGACCAUGGUUUACAGUUCAUCAGCAAUUGUAAAGAAGUCGGGUUCCAUCCUCACCCGUCGCAGCCGCCGAUCUACGAAGAAGGGCAACACGCUAAGAUCUCUAUCAAUUCAUCAAUACAAAUAAUUGAUAUGCGGUGAUGGUAGGGUGCUUUUAUUUGUUUAUUUAAUUUAGAUUUAUCUCCUCGUUAAUGGAAAUCGGCAAACUCCCACGAUGGGAUAUAAACUCCAAGCUGGGAACAGCCAAUCUCUCUCUUACAAACUUUGGUUUAACGUCUAUGAUUAUGAAUUGCACAAUUCAAGAAGUUGUGAUUC